AUGACAGAGAGGUAUUUUAGAGCGGUUUUUCGAAGAAGGGAUGGUUGGAACGGGAACCAUGUACAAGGAAAUGGUUUUAAAAGCGUCAACGGACACUGGUUUGACGAAGGCACAAGUCGAGGUAAGCUUAAUCAUUUUUUUAACCUCAGCUGUAGCUUUAUACCAGGUUGAGCUUUAUUUUAUCUCAAUUAUUCCACGAAUCAAGCAAAACUAGCAAUUUGUAUAGAUCGUAGAUGCAUUUAUACGUCAAUAAUAGCCUAACGGUUAAAGUUUAUUAGAUGUUGUUUUAGAUCGUGAUCAGGUACAGUUACAGACGGUUAACUCUGCUUUACUCAGGCUAAAGAUCAUUCACGUUCAUCAUACGUGUGUAUUUACCUUUCAAGGUAAUCCAUUGAAUUCCGAAAUGUCAGGUUUUUAUUUAAAAACAUUAUAAACAUAAGAAGAUCAUAUGCAAAGAUGAGGACUUCAACUGUACAAAUUUAAGAUAGUUCAGUUGUAUUGUAAUUAUUUUUAUUAUUCAACCAUACUGUAACUAAUGGUCAGGCAUUAUUGUAGUAUUUCUCAAUAGUUCUGAUGCAAACCUCCUCUUUCUCCUCCUCUCCUCUCCUUUUCCACAUAAUAACACUUAUGGUCUUUGAUCAAAAUGAAUAUUAAAUAGUUUAUGCAUGUUUAUUCAGUUGUCAUCAGUGGUUUAUUAAUACUAAUUUUAACAUAAUGAGUAAUAUAACAAUUACACUGAAUGAUUUUUGCAGAAGUGGAUUGGGAAUCAGAAAAGAAAAAGGCCACAAGAAUCAUCUUCUUCUGCAGAUGUCACAUUAAAAAGAAUCAAAGGUGUCAAAGGACCAAAUUCUUACAAUUUAUUUUGUGCUGA